GGCGAGGCCAAGGACGGAGUACGGUUCGGGCUGAUGCAAUUUUCCCUUUAAGCAGAUCCACCUUGACAGCGCGCCUGAAAAGCCCGGGUGAGGCACGCGCGCGGGGACCAGCAGGCGGCAACAGGAUCGGCAUGGAGAGGCUUGCUGUCUCUUUGCUCUGAUUUGUGCUGCCAGCUGAGCGCUCUCUGUAGCCUGGGAAGUGUAGCCAGCAAGACGGAACAGCGGGCCAGUGUGUGCCCACAUCACAACCCCCAACCAUGGCAGAAAAAUGCAGUGAGGGGUUGCUGAAUGGCGCUGUGCCUGGUGAGACGAGUAAGCGAGAUGAGAACCUCAAACGUGGCAACUGGGGCAACCAGAUUGAGUUUGUUCUCACGAGUGUCGGCUACGCUGUUGGACUUGGCAAUGUGUGGCGCUUCCCCUAUCUCUGCUACCGCAAUGGAGGAGGUGCUUUCAUGUUCCCCUACUUCAUCAUGUUGGUGUUCUGUGGAAUCCCCCUCUUCUUCAUGGAGCUCUCCUUUGGACAGUUUGCCAGCCAGGGCUGUCUCGGCGUCUGGAGGAUUAGCCCCAUGUUCAAAGGUGUUGGGUAUGGGAUGAUGGUUGUCUCCACCUACAUUGGAAUCUAUUACAACGUUGUGAUCUGCAUCGCCUUCUAUUAUUUCUUCUCGUCAAUGACACGGGUUCUACCCUGGACAUAUUGCAACAACCCCUGGAACACAGUGGAUUGCACUGGUGUGUUGGACGUUACCAAUACCUCAGUUGGGUCAUCGCUCAACCUCACGCAGCUCCUCAACCAGACUCUCAAGCGCACGAGCCCCAGUGAGGAAUACUGGAGGAACUAUGUGUUGAAGCUGUCUGAUGACAUUGGAAAUCUGGGCGAAGUUCGACUUCCUUUGCUGGGCUGUCUGGGUGUCUCGUGGGUUGUUGUCUUCCUCUGCCUCAUCAAGGGUGUCAAGUCCUCAGGAAAAGUUGUGUAUUUCACAGCAACCUUCCCAUAUGUGGUGCUGACAAUCUUAUUUGUGCGGGGGAUAACCCUUGAAGGAGCUGUAACUGGAAUCAUGUACUAUCUCACACCACAAUGGGACAAAAUCCUCGAUGCAAAGGUAUGGGGAGAUGCAGCCUCCCAGAUCUUCUAUUCAUUGGGUUGUGCCUGGGGUGGACUUAUUACCAUGGCAUCGUAUAACAAGUUCCACAACAACUGCUACAGGGACAGUAUCAUCAUCAGCAUCACAAACUGUGCCACAAGUGUCUACGCAGGCUUCGUCAUCUUCUCCAUCCUUGGUUUCAUGGCUAACCACCUAGGUGUAGAUGUCUCCAAAGUAGCUGACCAUGGUCCUGGCUUAGCUUUCGUGGCAUAUCCUGAGGCACUGACGUUACUUCCUGUCUCCCCUCUCUGGUCUGUUCUCUUCUUCUUCAUGCUCAUCCUGCUGGGGCUGGGCACACAGUUCUGCCUCUUGGAGACCCUGGUCACAGCCAUCGUAGAUGAAGUGGGAAAUGACUGGAUCAUCCGUCGGAAAACCUUUGUGACUUUGGGCGUGGCUAUAGUCGGCUUUUUGCUGGGUGUUCCGCUCACUACACAGGCUGGUAUCUACUGGCUGUUGUUGAUGGACAACUAUGCAGCAAGCUUCUCACUUGUUGUCAUUUCAUGCAUCAUGUGCGUCUCCAUUAUGUACAUCUAUGGGCACCGGAACUACUUCAAGGACAUUGAGAUGAUGCUGGGUUUCCCACCACCCAUGUUCUUCCAGAUCUGUUGGAGGUUCAUCUCUCCUGUUAUCAUCUUUUUUAUCCUCGUGUUCACAGUGAUCCAGUACCGCCCUAUCACCUACAGUACGUACGUCUACCCCGCCUGGGCUAUCACCAUUGGCUUCCUCAUGGCACUUUCGUCAGUCAUCUGCAUCCCUAUCUAUGCUGUGUUCUGCAUAUUGCGCUCAGAAGGGGACUCGCUCCUGCAGCGUUUAAAAAACGCUACCCGGCCAAGCCGUGAAUGGGGCCCAGCCCUCACAGAGCAUCGGACAGGCCGCUAUGCACCAGCACUCAGCCCCUCCACAGAAUCACAGCUGGAGGUUCAGCUGCUGAAUCCUGAAAAGCCCAAGAGUGACGAGGCUGGCGUGGCUGUUGCCAUCACCGUUGGAAGCAAUGGUUCUACCCACAGCCAGGACUCCAAGAUCUGAACCUUAGCCUGGGAGGCGGGGCAGGGAGCCCUCCUUGCGCCUCCCUUUUCCCACUUCUCCUGGUCCUCCAAACCCUAAUCUGCUCAGAUAUAUUGCAGUGCCCCCCACUGGGUGGGGGAGCCCUGGCUCCCAGGCUGUGCCGAACUCUGGGGGAGGGGCUGUGAGUUCUCAUCCCACCCACCUCAUUAGUGCCCCUGUGCCAUCUUGUAACCCUCAUGUUUACAGUAAUGUUCAGAUGGCCCCAAUUCACAGCCAGGACCAGGGGGCAGAAGUGGGGAGCAUGUGCACUGGCUGAACAGUUGGGGGUGCCUUGAAGGGUACCAGGAGGAGGGUAAGCUGCAGCUUCACUGGCUCAGCAUCCCCUUCAGGGUAGAGACUGGCAGCUGCACCUGGGCCCAGGGGGUCUGGAAUCUAUUGGGGUUGGUAUGCCCCUUACUGCCCUGGAUCAGGGCCCUGGGGACUGGCCUCAGAGAAGCUAAUGGGGAAUCAGGGAGGGGAGGGAUGCGGGCAAGGGGCUGGAAGUAGCUAUAAAUGUACUCUAGACAUUCUAGGCAAAGCUUGACCACGGGCUAGGCAGCCUUAAGUGAGACUGGUGUCCCUGUGUGAGCUCUUCCAGAAGAUGCACUGAAGACUGCACACCACCCACCAAUGCACAUACCUUCCCAGCUUCCCCACUUAGAAAAGGAGAGGUAGCUUCCUCAACACUACUGAUAUGCAUUCUAGUCACGGUGCCCAUCAGAAGCAAUAGUCUUGCAAGAAACACACAAUUUAGUGGGUUUGACAGAUAAAUACGUUGGUGGGGGAACAGGAGCACUCUCCCUAAAAUGGCCAAGGUGGGGAUGGAAAUAUCAUUAAUCUAUGAACACAAGCAUGCACAUGUCUGCUAUGUGAUCUCAAACCUAGCCUUACUCGCACAUACUGCACACACAUUCAUUCAGAAUCACACAUUUCUACCCAGCAUCGCGCUCUCUCUCUCCUAUACACUUCUGGAUGCACCAUGCAACCUUGGUAAAAAUCUAGAGCAUUGCCACAGGCUCUGAGCAGCAAGUGCAAGCCAUUACCCACUCUACGCAGGUGUACCUUUGGCUUACAGCAUCUUCUGGGUACUCACCUAAGCCCAUUAUUCUUGGUACUGACCCUGGGGGACCUGGUGCCUCAGCCCUGUUGUGGGGGUUCUGAAGCACUAUCUUAUGUCCCUCCCUUGGGACGUGCAAAUGAACUUGAAUGGGGUCUCUUUAUUGGCAAGACCCCAUUGGGACCUAGCUCUGCCCCAUCUUCUAGGGGAGUGGGCAGAGCCAACCAUGGUGCUAUGAGCAGAUGAUGUGCCAAGUCCUGUCCACACUAUUUGGAGGAAGCACAAAAGCAAACAAGCACAACCUUCAUUCAAGGCUGUCCCAGGCUACUCCUCCAGUAUUAGUGGGGAUAGAAGCCUCCAGCCCCAUGUUGGGGCACAGAGGGGCUAGCCAGAGGCCCCAGCCCCACAACAAGCUGCAAAGCCCAUCUCUCCUGACACAAAGCAGGGCCCAUGCUAGCUCAGGUGGGUAGACACUACUAAUGGUUCUGUCUUCCGGCCUCCUCUCCCUUUGUUUCCAUUUCAGUGUUGCUGCCUGCACUUUACCCCUAGAAACUGCCUGGGUGGAGGGAACAGGAGGCCCUGGCAGCCACUAUCCUGCCCUCUACUCUGUGGCAACGAUGCCAAGUCACUUAGCAAUGCCAAACAGUGCAUGUAGGGGGCACCCCUCAGCUCCCAAUCGUGCAUGAUUGCUGCAGUGUAGCCAUGGUGCCAGCAGGAAGGGCACAGCUGGAUCCUACCCAUAGGGUACCUGCUCUAGCCAGUAGCAUGGGCAUUGGGCCAGUGCUUAAGUGCCAAAUGUCUGCAUCGUGAGCAGAUCAGAGGGAGGACAGGUGGCUCCAUGCCACGACGGUACUUCUUUGUCCUGAGCCUCCAGCACCCAAUCCUUACCUCCCCUGCCCGAUGAUGCACUAUUUAAUGCAUGGUUCCAUGUCUGUCCUUCCCUCCUGUGUGGAGUGUGGCAAUUGCCAUUGUCCGCUCUCGUUGUUCAUAGCAAUAAUUGUGACACGUCUCCCAUACUGUGACUCUCCCAGUUGUAGAUUUUUAAAGUCCAAUAGAUUUUAAUGAAAUUUAUAUUCCUGA